AUGGGUUUUCGCUGGACAUCACCGCUGGCGCAAGUCAUCGCCGUCGGCUUCAUCUGCUUUUGCUGCCCCGGAAUGUUCAACGCCCUCAACUCACUCGGAGGCGGCGGACAGGUCGACUCCAAGGUUGGCCAGAACGCAAACGUCGCCCUCUACACCUGCUUCGCCGUCUUUGGACUCCUCUCUGGCGCCAUCCACAACAAACUCGGCCCCAAGUGGACCAUCUUCCUCGGUUGUUCGACCUAUGUCCUUUACGUCGGGUCACUCCUCAGCUAUAACCAUAACCAGAACGGUGCCUUUACGAUUGCGGCUGGUGGUAUUUUGGGUGUAGGUGCUGGUAUGCUGUGGACUGCCCAGGGAGCCAUGAUGAUGGCUUAUCCGCGCGAGCAGGAGAAGGGACGGUACAUUGGAUACUUCUGGGCCAUCUUCAAUAUGGGUGCUGUUCUGGGGUCCGUCAUUGCCUUUGCGAUCAACUUUGAUCAGACGGAGACAAAGUCCUUGGGGGAUGCGACCUAUGCCGUCUUUAUUGUGAUUAUGGGAAUCGGAACCCUCAUCGCCCUCUCGCUCUGCCCGCCAUCCAAGGUGACCCACUCUAACGGCGACCAUAUCCAGAUCCAACCCUUUCCCACAUGGUUGGGUGAGAUCAAGGCCAUCUUCCUCCUCUUCCUCGACUGGCGCAUGCUCGUCCUCAUCCCCAUGUUCCUCUCAUCCAACUGGUUCUACUCUUACCAGUUCUCGACCGUCAACGGCGGUUACUUCUCCCUCCGUACCCAGUCGCUCAACAACAUCUUCUACUGGCUCUCCCAGAUCUUUGGCUCUUACUCCUUCGCAAGAGUCCUCGACUUCCAGGGCGUAAACCGUCGCACCCGUGCCCUCUGGGGUCUAGCCAUCAUCACCGUAUGCUUCGUCUCCACCUGGAUUGGAGGCAUCUUCUUCCAACGAACCUACUCCAUCCAAGACCCUCACCCAAACCACGACUUCGAACUCGGCGCCUCCUACGUUGGUCCCUUGUUCCUCUACAUUUUCUACGGUCUGAACGACGCCGCCUGGCAGACAUACAUCUACUGGCUCAUGGGUGCGCUCUCAAACGAUGCGACGGUUCUCUCCCGAUAUGCAGGAUUUUACAAGUGUGUCCAGUCCUCCGGAGCAGCCAUCUCCUGGAGAAUCAAUGCCAUCGAAACUCCAUACAUGACAGAGUUGAUUAUCUGCUUUGCGUUGCUUGUGGCCUCGAUCCCGGGAGCGCUAUUCUUGGCACUGAGGAUUAAGGACCACACUACUGAGGAGACCUAUGACCUUCCCCCUUCUUCGGAAUCCGACAAGCAAACUCAGGACCAGAAUUUCUAA